UUGUCAUAACAUAAAGUAGAUUUGAAAACGUAUGAAGAUAUUUUAUCAAUAUAAUUUAUGUAAUAAAUACAUAAUAAUUAACGUAAUAAAUUGCAAUUAUUUAUUAAAAAUGGAUGCAAGAGCUGAAAAAUUAGCCAAUGCUCGUAGAAAGUUAAGAGAUCACCAAGUAAAGAAAACUCAAAAAGAUUGUGUCGAUGUUAGUAGUGCUGAAAAUAAUGAUGAUAUAGAUGGAAAACAAAAUACAAAUAUGGUAGAGAUAGCAAACAUUGUCCAUGAUGAACACAAUUCUGGUUCGCAAAAUGAGGCUCUGAGCUCCUAUGAAACUGAAAAUCCUAAUGUGGUUAAAGAUAAGCUUCAAGACGUUAACAUGACAGAAUAUUUAAUUUAUAAUCAAAAGUGUCUUGAAAAUGAAGUACAAAGUUUACAAAACAAAUUAUCAGAGUUGAAUUCAUUGUACACUAAUGAGCAGAUUGAUCACAAUAAAUGCAAACAAAAAAUCAAUGUUUUAGAAACAGAAAUAAGCAUAUUAUCUGAUAAGUAUUCUAAAAUAAGCCAAGAGUUGAAAAUUAAAGAUGAUAUGGUUUCUGAAAUAAAAAACAAAAAUCAGAUGUUGUUGGAUGAAAAUAAUAAUUUAAAUGAACAGUUGGAUUUUACCAAAACAAUGUUACAAACAAAGGAAUCAGAGAAUGCUCAACUACACAAUCAGGUUUGUUUAUAUUACAGCCAACUAGAAGCAGCUAGGUUGCAAGUGCAGCAACUCACAAUUGAUUCCACCACAGAAAAUGUUCACAAGAAUUCCAACAAUGCAGAAAUUGAUCAAUUACAAACCAAAAUUAGUGGAUUAGAGCAAAAAAUUGCUAUAAUGGAAAAAGAAAGAGAACAUAUAACAUCUUAUUAUGAACACUACAUGAAAGAUCUUUCAUCACAAUUAAAUUCUACAACUUUGAGAAAUGAAGAUCUCUCAAAGGAAUUGAACAGACUUUCUGACCGCGAAACCAGUCUUAUUGAACAAAUCAGUGAUAUGGAAAUUCGUCUACAAAAUUUUAAUAAAAAGGAUUUUGAAGUUGAAACUCAAGUUGAUACUAGUGCAUUGCAAAAACAACUGAUUAGUUUACAGAUGAGCUUAGAACAGAGUGAACAACAUAAAGGAGAACUUCAAAAGCAAUAUGACGAAGCCAUAGCUAAAAUAAAUGAAUUGGAACAGUCACAAAAACCUCAAUGUGAACAUGACGCUUUGAGUGUUACCAAACUCUCUGCAGAUAUAACUAGUGACAAAAUAGCUGCACAGAGAGCAACUGAACAAAAUGUUAAACUUAAAUCAGAUAUAGAAGGCCUUGAACUGGUUAUAAUUAAAAUGACGAAAGACAAAUUAGAACUGACAGAAAUGUUAACUCAUGAAAAAAAAUUAAACAAAGAACUAAUGCUUAAACUUGCUGAUAUUGAAGAACUGGGAAAAACAGUUAAUAAAAAAUUGCGGGCUAAAGAUGAAGAGAUGAUGCGACUACAAAACGAAUCUCGUGAAAUUGCGAAAAAAUAUAAUGAAAUAUUAGAACAUGGAUCAAACCAUUCAUCAUGUAAAAAUCAUAGUGAAACCGAACUAAAUGAACAUAUUUGUCAAGAUAUUGAACAUAUUGAAGAACACACAGUUGAUCCUGAAUCUAACAACAAUUUUUCAGAAACCGAAAAGAAUUAUAAUGAGAAAAAGAUAGCACCACUUGACAAUAAUUUUAAAACAAAUUGUAUCAUUCCUAAAGAAGAUGCUAUGUUAAAACUGCAGCAACGUUUUAUGAACAUAAUGGAUGAAGUUGCUAACUUAUCAGAUGAAAAACAUAGACUCGAACAUAUUAUACUUCAACUACAAAAUGAAACUGAUACAAUAUGUGAAUAUGUAGCUUUGUAUCAACAACAGAGAAGCUUACUUAAGAAAAGAGAUGAAGAAAGGACACAUCAACUGAAAAUGUUUGAAAAAGAAUGUAACGAACUUAAGCAUCUUUUGGGAGAAUUGCGAGAUUUGUUAUUCAGGUUAGCUGAAGACAAAGAAAUAUCCAUGUAUCUUAAAACAGAUGCAAGGAAUGAUGAUAUGGCUCGAAUAUGGGAAUUACUUAAAAAAUUACAAAAUAGUUCUUUACUAAACAAAAAUUUUAAAACAAUGGAUUUAAAUAGUUUUUACCCCUGUAGUUGCUGUUCCGGUAAAUUGAUAGAUGUGUAACUUGUAAUUAUAUGAUCAUAGUCACAUUAUAUCCACUCCAAUUUUUUGUAACCCACAAUACUAUUGUAUAAUAUAGGUAAAUAAUAUGUAUAGAAUAUAUUAUUAUGAGUAAAUUAAUAAAUAUAUUAUGUAAUUGAA